ACUAAUUUGCAGUAUAUUGAAAAAAAAAUGGAGUCCAUGUAAACGAUGAAGAAAAAGGUUGAUGUUCCGGAAAAAUGAUCUGAGCAACAAACAAUGGCGCGUCCAAUUGCUUAUUUAACUAGAAAAGAAUCAAUCUCCAGCUGUCACCGUUUGCACAGUAAUAAUUUGUCAGAGGAGGAAAACAAAAACGUAUAUGGAAAAUGUAACAACUAUUGGGGACAUGGUCAUAAUUAUACCGUUGAAGUUACUGUGCGUGGACCCGUGGAUUCUGUUACUGGUAUGGUAAUGAACUUAUCAGAUUUAAAAUUAUACAUGAAAAAAGUAUUAAUAGAACAGCUGGAUCAUAAAAAUUUGGACAAGGAUGUAUCUCAUUUUAAAAAUGUUGUUUCAACAACUGAAAACGUGGCUAUUUAUGUAUUUAAUGAAUUACAAAAAAUUAUGCCUAAUCCAGGUUUGUUAUACGAGGUAAAAAUCUAUGAAACAGACAGAAAUAUUGUUAUUUACAGAGGA